UUCCUAACCAGAUAAAAAAGCGGUAAGAAGAUAACGGCAGAAAAGUGGACUUGCAUUUUAUUUUACCCCUCCAAAAAUAAUUUUGAAGAAUUUCGUCACAGGCAUCUACAACAUUAUCCAUCACUCGAAGAAUAUACAACAUGCCGACUGAAUUAGAAGAGGUAAAGUCUCAGUUACUUUUACAUUCAUAACUAUACUUACUAACUACUAUCAUAGCUUGUCGAUUUCAUAUCCCAUGGAAACACUCAAGUGCGAACAACCGGUAUGUUCACAAUAUUCGACUCAUCACAAAACUUUUGACUGAUUGCGUCACAAUAGCCGUCGAGAAUUUGAUACCAUAUUCGUUGUCGCAGCCUUCAAUAUUCAAGACAAAUGAACUUUUGCCAGUACAGGACCUGAAAUUAUUGGUCCGCGACUACAAAGUACGACUGUAACCUCGCGCGAAACAUCUUCAUUAGCGAAGGUUCGACUAACGCCUGCACAGCAAAUAGCCAAAGAUGCGAUUACAAUUCUCAUAAAUCUGUCGACAGACAAGGACAUUUUGGAAUAUCUUGCGAGCGAUAAGGAGUUCAUCAAUACAUUACUGGGCAAAUUAACAGUAUGUCAGUCUCCUUGGUCUCCUACUCGACAAUAUCUAACAACGCUUCUGCUCUAGAACCCCAAAGAACCAAAUGCAAACUUCAUUGCUAUGUUGCUAGCGAAUCUUGCAAAAUGGGACGAUUUCAAACAGAUUAUAACCCUCGAACGUCCUGCGCCGAAAGAAUUAACUUCGAACAAUCGCGCGAUCGAUCAAUUGAUGGACCUUUUCGUGAAGGGUGCAGAUGGAACAUAUAAUAAAGAAGCAGAUUAUAACUACCUCGCAUAUUUAUUCGCAGAUCUAGCCAAGUACGAAGAAGGAAGGAAAUACUUCCUAACAAAACAGGAAUACGAUGGAGUUGUACCUCUCACGAAAAUGACGGUUUUCACCGAACAUAAAUCGGAUAUUCGUCGAAAAGGUGUUGCAUCGACGAUAAAGAAUGUUGCGUUCGAAAUUGAAUCACAUCCUUCAUUCCUUUCAGAGGAUGAGAUUAACAUAUUACCAUAUUUGCUGCUACCUAUCAUGGGUAGCGAGGAAUUUGAUGAGGAGGAUACUAUGGCAAUGUUACCAGAUCUACAACUUUUACCACCAGAUAAAGAGAGAGACAGUAAUCCGACUAUCAUGCAAACACAUGUGGAAACAUUGAUGUUACUCACAACGACAAGAGAGGGGAGAGAUAUCAUGAGGGAGAUCAAGGUAUACCCAAUAAUAAGGGAAUUACAUUUAAAGAUUGAUCAUGAUGAAAUGAGAGAGGCUUGUGAGAGACUGGUACAGGUUUUGAUGCGAGAUGAAGAGGGAGAAGAGAAAGUGGACUCAGGGAUGACAACCUUGGCCAGGAGAUCUGACAAACCUUCUUCAUCUCCAAAGCCGUUCUCAUCACAGUCAAAUGGUGAUGCAGGAAGUUGGGCAUCACAGGAUGCAGAAGACCCUGCAUCAGAUUCGGAUGAUGAUAAGAUAGUAGAAGUAUAAAUCAUCAAAAGUACUGAAUAUAAAGAAACCAUUUCCUGAUCUUUCUCCUCCUCUGUCAAU